CGCCACGCCAAGUCCCGCGCGCGGAGGCGGUGUGUGGUUCGCCAGAGCAAGAUUAAAGAUACUCCAUGUUCGUUUUGUUGGAUAUUGUUGGGAAUUGAACCCAGGCCAGGUUCUGCUACACACUAGGGGAAAAGAUGGUAGAACCACAAGAAAAUGGCUUGGUGGAUCUUCCAGAUUAUGAACACGUUGAAGAUGAAACUUUUCCUCCUUUCCCACCUCCAGCUUCUCCAGAGAGAGAUGGUGCAGAAGCUGAGCCUGAUGAAGAGUCAGGGAGAAGAGUACCUGUUCCCCCAAAGAGAAUAGUUAAAAGGAAGCUACCCAAGUUGGAUGCUCAGAGAUUAAUUUCAGAGAGAGGUCUUCCAGCCUUAAGACAUGUAUUUGAUAAAACAAAAUUCAAAGGUAAAGGUCAUGAGGCUGAAGACUUGAAGAUGCUAAUCAGACACAUGGAGCACUGGGCACAUCGGCUAUUCCCUAAGCUGCAGUUUGAGGAUUUUAUUGACAGAGUUGAAUGCCUAGGAAAUAAAAAGGAAGUUCAGACCUGUUUAAAACAAAUUCGACUUGAUCUCCCUAUUCUACAUGACGAUUUUGUUAGCAAUAAUGCAGAGGAAGUAGGGCAAAAUAGUAAUCUUGAUGUACCAGCUGAGGAAGCAGAUCCCUUUCUGCCAAAUUCACCUGCAAGUGAGACGUUUGCUUCCGGGUCAAGUCAAAGCCUAACAGAAGAGCAACAACAAAGGAUCGAGAGAAAUAAACAGCUGGCCUUGGAACGGAGGCAGGCGAAGCUGCUAAGUAACAGUCAGACCCUCGAAAACGACACGUUAAUGGACACUCCCAAGGCACACGUGGUUGAAGAGGUUGAACCCUUUGAGGAGCAAGUGGAGGAUCUGAGUAGCUCCAUCAAAGAUGCUGUGGACAGUCCCUGUGAUGCUUCCUCCAGUACCUUCACUGACGCAGAGCAGCUGAAAGUAGAAGAAAUACAUGGGGACCAUGGCUCUUAGGAUGGACAGCGAUAGCUUCAUGCUUUAUCCAGAAUGUUCCUGUGUUAGGUAAACCUCCUCAGAGAAUAAUGCAGUCACGGUCCUGCAGGUUUGGGGGUGCUGUGCUUUGUCUGCUUUGUGCAGUAAAAUUUACAAGCUCCUAUUUAAAUUUUUGUAUUUAUUUAUCCUUAAUGCUGCUGCUUAUUAGCGUUAGUCUGUUACCUUUAAUGUUUUAGACAACUAUGAUCUCAUAAAAUAGUUAAUAGCUAAUAAGCAAGGUUCCUCUAGUGUCCAGUCAGUCCUUGUUUUCACUCCAUCGAGCACUGUUUUUAGAUGUAAAUGUGUAGCUAUACUACUGUGUUUGUAUAAAG